AACUUGAAGAAGUACAUUUCCAUUCCUCCAUCCUCCUCAGAUCUGAGUAGUCCUUCUCUCUACUUCCUUUGAGCUUACAGUUUGAACCCACUCAACUUCUCUUCGAUCAAUUCCAAACUCUCCUCUAUCUAAUAUAACAUCUCUCUGUGCAUUUAGAAUUAAGCAUCUUUUAGCAGUUUUCUUUGAACUUUAGCUCAGAGAAAUGGCCUCCAGUUCACUGAGAUCCUCAGGCAGCUUGAACACCCCCUGGACCUUGAAGGAGAACAAGUUGUUCGAGCAGGCCCUGGCGAAGUAUGACAAGGACACCCCCGACCGAUGGCUCAAAGUAGCCCAAGCGGUGGGGGGGAAGACACCUGAAGAGGUGAAGCGCCACUAUGAGCUUCUUGUUGAGGACAUUAAGCACAUUGAGGCAGGCCAUGUGCCGUUCCCAAAUUACAGGUCCUCCAGCAGCAGGGUAGCUCGUUAGGAGCAAAGGCUGAAGUAUUUGAAGCUGAACUGAAGAAAGCAAUAGAUAUGUUUGCUUGCAAUAGUAGGAGUAUUGUUCUCUCUGGAGAUGCAGAUACAAGUAAAGAAUUCUAUGCAUAUUAGUGAAUCUAAGAAGAUCAGAUAUCACCGAUCUUCAAGCCUCAUCCCUUAUGUAUCUUCCACUGUCUUUACUGUUCCAUCCUAUUGUAAAUUUACCAAAAACUAUCUUGUAAACAUGCCUGGCUGGUCUUCUUGUUGGUGUGCUUGUUACCUAAUAUAAGUAAGUUU